GUCCCCCAGACAAGUUCUGGUACAGGGAUCGUAGCAAGGAAAUCCAUUUGUCAGCCAAACCGACACCCGAAAAAGCCUCAGCGGUACUGGUGACUGUGGCGGCGCCUUUGUCCUUGCUCGACCACCAUGGCCCUCAACAAAGACGCUGAUGCCUUCAAACGCAUACUGCAUCGUCAGGACUAUACCUCAUGGCACUCACAGCCGGCACCAUUGGACACCUCUGCACCAGCCGAUCAGAAACAGACCCCCACAAAGAAAAAACGGCCCAAGACAAACAUCGUGUACUCUCAGCCUGCCGACACGGGGACGGGAACCAAUGUCAACACCCAGCUGGUCUAUGCGAUCAAUCAUCUCAAGUCUACCCAGAAUCCCAUGCGGUUGCAAGACUUGGCGAUCGUGACAAAUACGCCUCUGGACACAGACUUUGUCUUGUUGGAGAAAUUCAGAGCUCACGACCGUAUCCAAUGGGAUCCAAAAACAGACCUUUAUUCGUAUCGACAUGAUUUCAACUUUCGCAAUAAAGCUGCUCUGCUCACCGAAAUUCAACGCCAAACCCGCAAAGGAGGGGGGAUAAUGGUGCGUUCCUUGAAGGAAGCAUGGAAGGAGGCGCCACAGGCAAUAGAAGAAUUAGAAAAGGAGGGCGAAGUACUUGUCACACGUACAGUCAAAGACGGACAGUUGCGUAUGGUCUUUUGGAACGAGAUCAAACCAGACGAAGAGAGUGGGGGAAAACAAGUCGAGAAAGAGUUUCUAGACCUCUGGCAUCAGCUCAAAGUUCCAACCGAGACCGAUCUCCUCAAAGCUCUCAAAUCCGGUAUGUGUAUUGUUAGAUGGUCUGUGUUUCAACCGUACAUUUUUGUUUUAGAGGGCUUGCAAGCGACAGCUGCAGAAGCGCUAGCUCCCAAAGCCAAUACGAAGAAGAAAGGGAAGCGGUCUGCCCCACGGCAGAGACAGGUACGGAUAACCAAUACUCAUCUCAAAGGAGACAUCGACCUUUCGAGGGAUUAUCAUGCUCCUGGAAAGUAAGAUGGGAACUUUUAAUAGUAUCAUUCUACAUGGACAAUUGUAUAGUACCUUCCUUCACUUCUAAUAAUUCAUGACGCAUUUCUGCUUAACCACUUCCAUUGGCCUAUAAUACCGCACCUACUCCAACCCUCUAAUCUAUAUUCCCUGGUAAGCCAUCUAGAAAGUAUGCAUAAUAACAGAAAUCUCGCAUAACGAAGAAAGUUCCUGUUUUAAAAAUGCCUUCGCGGGCUACUCGCUUGACUACUAUUACGGGUGCUCUUAUCCUCGAAAUCAGACCCCUCUGCUUUCAGUUCCGCGUGUCCCAUGAUCUCCAGCUUCUUGUCGAAAUCACGUUUACGAUAUCCAGAAACGAUGCGCUCAAGUAGAUCAGACGUUGAUACACCAGGUGUUCUUCUAGUCGGAAUAAAUUCCUCGCGCCUUGACAAAUCCGUAUACAUCAUCAUAUCCUUCGGCCAUGUAUGGGAGCUCAUCAUGAGCCACAUAGUCAAUUUUCCAUUUAUCCAUGAACUCGGCAGUAACGACCCAUGGAGGGUCAGAGAUAACUUCAUCC